GCUUUCAUGUUUUUUCGUUGCGCGGAGUUUCAACUUUGGCAUAUUUGUUGGCCGAUAGACUAGUGCUGGUUCCUUUUGACACGUAGGCAUUGGUAAAUGGAGAGCAUAGGCUGGAUGCUGUCUAAUAUUUGGAUAUUUACUGCCAGAUCCUGUCACUUGCUUGCAUUAUUCCCCUUGCGCUAGAGUAUCACAAGGUACAGCACAUACUGCAAAACUGUCCUGGACUGCAACAGUGAGCGUGGUGUUCCUUAGGUAUUUAAUUACAUUAAACAAACAUUCCUUUAAUUAAAGGUGUUUGUUUAACAUUCCUCAUUACAGCUCUUGGAAAAACCCACAUAGCAGCCGUGAGCAGGGGGGAUGCGGGCUUCUCAUUUUUGCUGAAUUACAACUUAAGGUUUCGUGGCGAGCGGGGGAGAGGCGUUGGGACCAUAUGGCCGUGGGGAAAACCGGCCAAACGCGAACGGUUGCAGCGCUGGCAGAGAUUUUCCUAGUCAGCAGCGUAGCGAGUUGACAGGAUUGUGGAGAGAUUUUUGGAUGACUGGCCAGAAAAUCCGAGGGGUAACAAGCUGGUGUUCGUUGCGCUCUGUUGCUGUUUGAGGCAGCAGGGGACCAGCAGGCACCAGGGGAUAAGCGGGGGCUGCAGGAGGAUGUAGGGCAUGAAGACGUGGGUUGGUGCAGCGUGGGAAGCUCAGAGGAGUAAUAGAAGCCCCUUCUUCCUGGUAGCCGCAAAGUUUUGUGUGCAAUAAGAUCACAGACUUAACAGAUGCUUCAGCUCUGCUUGCACAAGGCAUCUCUUCGUGCCAUGUCACUGGCACAGGAAUUUGCAGCAAUUAUGUUGAGCGUGCUCAACCAGUGAUUUGGGUUUUUAGAUGCUUUCUUACUUGAAAGUAUGAGGUUAAAUUCUUCUUUCAUAGAUUUCCAUUGCUGCUGACAGCAGAGAGCCCUGAAAGCUGGGGAUUGACAAAGCCUUACUAGUUAUUUAUUCUGCUGUAUGGAAACAGAAUCACUGCUCAGAAUUGGGAUAAUGGAAGUUUCCUGAUAAAAAUCAUGGUGUCCUUUCUGGACCUCUCACUAGAGUCCUCCCGGACCUCACGCAGGUAGCGUGAGAAGCCCCAUGUGCGUUUCUCAGUUUGACCAGUGGCUCCCCAGCGGUUGGGUUCUCCUGCCCUGCCUCUGCGUGGGCACGGUUAAACUGUCACCCAAGGAGUUCUGCUGCAGCCACAGCACGUGGGCACAGCAGCUGACAUUAUUUGCAUGAAGACCAUUUAUAUCCUCGAAUUUGUCUGGUAUUUCUUUUCUUUGUGCAUGUUCUGCCAUUGCAAAACUCUCUAGAAUUAGCUGGCUGUUGCCUUUUUCCCCCCCAUAUUAAACCUGUUUCAUUGGUUGGAGACCUUAGUGGCUUUAUUUAUUUAUUUUUUUUAAUGUGCUGCAAGUAAAAUGUGAAGCGUUUAAGAGCAGAAAGAGUAAACAAAAUCUGUAGUCUGAUCUGUGUGUCACAAGUUUCAUUUGUGUGCACCCAGCAAGUUGUUAAGCCAAAGUACGACUUGCAUUUAGCCAAAGAUGCUUUCAAGGAAGGCAAAGGUGCGUUCAUUUGAGAGUCUCAAGAGAUGGCUAAGCCACCAAGAUGUCUCUUGAAGUUGAAAGUUAGGGUAACUGGGAGAGCGUAGAUUAAAACAUUCAUCUUUCUGCUACAAGGCAUAAAUGGGCGUCAUAUUUUUUUUUCACCACUAAUUGCUUCUCUUAAAUUUAUUAUUUACCGUGUUGCCUGACACCUUUUUACAACUGUAAAGGUGUCAGAUAAAAGAUAACUGUGACUUGCUAGAGUAAUCCUUUGUGGCUAGCAAGUUAUUUUAAAGGACAGUGUAAGCUCCCUCUACUACUUUUACUCCAUAGAUCUGAUCUAAAGUUGUUUGAAGUUGAGAUCGGGCUUUACAGUAAACUCAGUUUUCUUAAUGUAUUCACUUACGCUUUUCUGACACCUUAUUCCUUGUCUUCCAAGGAGUGGUCUUACCUAAGAACAUGUAAUACAUCUGAACUAAUUCUCAGGUAGCAGUUGAGAAUCAUAACUUGCUAAAUUUUGAUGCCUGUUCUUCAUUUGUGGACAUGGAUGCUGCUCAGUGGAGAACUGCUGAGGAGGGAUUGGGUGGCUCUGGCAUCUCGUGGUUGGGGGCUUUGGAGCAUCUUACCUUUCCCUGGUUCAGAUCUUGCCCAGGUGUCAGCUGAAACCUCUUUCUAUGUCUUAGCCACGAGUUUGUUUAAAAUGAGUUGAUUCAGCCAUCAGGAUGUGUCUGAAGAUGAGUAUCUACAUCACUGGAAAUGGCUUCACAGCUAGCACGCCUGAAGGCAGCUGAUUGGAAGGCCUAUGGGAGGAGGAUAAAUUAUACCUUCGGUUCAUUGUAGCCUGGGUAAUGGAGCUUAAUUAGAUUUUACCUGGCAGUACAUGGAAUUCCCAUAAUUGUUUUCAUUUAUGAUCAAGGCUACACUUGCAAUGCAAACUGCAUCUUAUCCAUACCUGCUGUUGAGGUGGAUGGUGGUCACCUGGCCCCAAGUUCUUUGCUGUUUUCACUAUGUUUGUGUAAACUGAGGCAACUUCGUGGACUCUAUAGUACCAGAGGAGUCUUGGUGGCUUCCUCCUGAGUACGUCUAGAUAAAAGCUGUAUCCUGUCAGCAGCUCUGUGGUCAGUGCACCGGCUGAACGUGUAAGGUUCUUGGGCAUCAUGCGGAGAAUUUAGACAUAUCAUGUAGGAUUUUCUCCUCAGCAUCUAGAUGUUGUCAUUUGGGAAAUCCAGAUUCUUUGGUGGGUCUGACCUACAGAUACAAAAUAACUCUUCAGGGAGGAGAGCUCUUGGGAACCCAUGCCAGGGUGGGAUAUGGUAUCAGACUGUGAUGGGGAAUUUGCUUUCUGCUGCCCACGCGCUUGUUUCUUUGGAUAGCUGGGCGUUGUUUUCUUGAGGUUUUCCAGCCUCAUUUUCUAUUAGCACCGAAUUCUCCACUCUGUUAUGCUUUUGUCCAGCCCGCUCUUGGUUUCCAAAGAAAAGCAGCCAGUAACUAAGCAUGUAAGCACUCUGGUUUUGCCUGCUCAGCAGUGGAAAUGCUGGGUUUUGAAAACCACCUACUAAUUUUAGGAGCUGAAAGGCUCCUGAAUUCUGAACCUUGUGGUACAUCUUUUUUAAAAACAGACAAGUUAGCAAAAGAACUUUGGCAAUUUCGUGCUUGAGGACUUUUUUUACGUCUUUAGUUGUUUUAAAACAUUUCAGGAAAUUUUAAAUGUGAGGAAAUGACAAAAAGCGUGUAGCUAUAGUAAAUAUCUGUUCUUUCUUGUUAGCAGACUUACAAAAAACAUAUUUGAUUAGUGUAAUAGUGUAACUUACCUUGUUCAUGGUAAUGUCAGAAUAGUAAUAGUACCUGAGUGGUGACUUAAAAAAAUCUGGUGGCAGACGAGCAGCUUGAAUCAAAGCAUGGCAGUGUAAAACCAAACAUGUACUGGGGAAAUAAGAUGCAUUUAGAGACUUUGAGUUUGCAAAUUGGAGUGAAAUUACCUGACUCAAGUAUCUUCACUUUUCCUUUUCAUGUCAGGUACUUUGUUAGCAUAUUUUUUUCAGAACACCACUGCAUCAUUCAGUAUUGCUUAUGGUGUGGCCUCUUGCUGUUUACUGCACAAAUUGAUCGUUGCUGGAGAUGGAGUUACUUGUGUUCCUUGUGGACUCUCAAGCGAUGGUUGUGACUACAGUAUUUGUGUGCUGUACAAAGGCAGCGUGCUAGUCUGUCCAGAAUAUGCCUGGCUUUUCUCCUCUUUUUGAAAUAGGAAAGAGUCAGAGGGCAUCAGAAAUACUGAAAAAAUUUGGAUUGACAAGGUUGCCUGCAUAAAACUUUAAUCUUCCCAAGAUACUCGGGGAUUAAUACAUACAGAAAAUAGCUCCCAUUGGCCUUAGAUGCUGCUGAUAGUGCCCCCCUGUGUGAAGAAAUUGGACAUCCAAAAAAUGCAAGCCAGACUUAAAAUAAAAAAGCUUGAACUGAUGGCGAGGGAAUGCAGAUCUCCAAGGCAGUGUUUGUUGCUGUGACAUUGUCCUUUUUGUCCGCUGGUCUCGUUCCCAUCCCCUAAAUGCUGUGCUGAAUGGGCAGGGAUCUUGUGUUGUUGCUGCUUAGAUCCAUCCCUGGGCAGAUCCCAGGAUGUGCUGAGUAAGGAAGGGAGGUAAGAGGGAGGCUGGAAGAAUGUACUGCAAUACAUACAGAAAUGGCAGCUGAAUUAAUCCUGCAUUAAUGAUGGCAUUUCUUGUGUAUACACUUAACUUUGAUACCUUGGGUUUUUUGUAAAAAGGACUCAUUUUUAUUCUAUUGCCUGUUUUUGUUUUUCAAAACAAACUUCAAAAAUAGUUUGCAGCACUGAGCCGCCCACAUGGGUGAUAAAUUCAGAUCUCUGCCAUUUUAGCAAUUAAAAUCACAAAAUAAUGGUAAAUUAUCGUUUUCUGAGAGCUUGCUCUUCAUGGGAAGGAGUUUUUCAGCAAGCCUGUGAUAUUUGGUGAUGGGCAAAGGGAUGGCAAAAUUGGGAACUCAGGGUUCAGUUUCACCUGUUUUCCACCCAUUCCCCAGCAAAAACAUAUGUGGCCCCUGAAAUUUGGCUCUUUCCAGCCCCCUGCCCAAGAACCUUGCCUCCACCAUUUAGACCCUCAUUGCACCCAUUUUUAAUUCCUUCUGCUGCGUCCAAAUCUAAGUCCCCUCCUCUCAGCUCAGCACUCCACUCCCAGCCUGUCUUUCCCUGCCCUCCCGAUUUCCAGAGGUUUUCCCUCUUACAGUUCCCAAUCUCCCCGUGUUUGCACUAAAUCCUCUUCUGGAUCUGGCUUUCAUCAGCCAGCACCAGGCGUCUCCAUCCAGCUACAAGGAGGGAUGCUGAAACCCAGUGGUGAGUUGUGGUGUGGAGCCAUCUCCUGCUGCUGGUUUGUGACUUUCUGGAGGUGGCACAUAGAAUUAUAGCAUAGUUUGGGUUGGAAGGGACCUCCUAAGCUCAUCCAGUGCCACCCCUGCCAUGAGCAGGGACAUCUUCACCAGAUCAGGUUGCUCAGAGCCCCGUCCAGCCUGGCCUGGGAUGUCUCCAGGGAUGGGGCAUCCACCACCUCUCCGGGCAACCUGGGACAGUGCAAAGGAGCUGCAGGAGGAUGAAGUGUUCUCAGCAAGGCUGUAAUCUGAGAUUUUGGGCUCAGGACAGUUCAAAAAUUAUUCCAAGAGUGAGAUUAAGACACAAAUGAGGUCAGAUGCUGCUACACAAUCUUAUUUUUAUGCCUAAAGACAGAAUAAAUAUUUUUCAUUUUCACACCUAAACCCAGAGCAACGAAGGAAAAGAGGGGGAGAAAUUAGGAGGAAAAUUAAGCAAGCAUGCAAGAAGAUAAGCAAGAGAUAUUCACUGCCAGGGAUCCAAACGCCGUCUCCUGUUGGGCAGCUCACAGGCUUCAGGCCUUGGUAGCACUGGCAGGUUGCAGGGCAGGUCUCAGGUCCUGGUAACGCUUGUCAGUUUGCAGAUCUCGGGUCCUGCUGGUAUUGGGAUCCAGGUCCCGGUAUCAGAGUCCAGGUCUCAGCAGCGCUCAGGUCUUGGGUCCACUGGUCCCAGGUGACAGGUUUGGUCCCGGUGGUGAAUGGCCACACUUGCAAGUCGUAACUUGGUCAUUUGAUGGCCGUUGGUGGCGGGUGUUCCCUGAGCACACUGCAGGCCUGGGCGCAGACGUUGGCGGCUGGUAUCGCUGGAGCUUCAAUGGAGUUUACACAAGCUUCAAGCAUUCUUUGAGUUUUAGCGAUUCACAGUGAUCAUGCAUUUUGCACUUUCAUUCACUGCAUUUAGGCCUUUACAGCAGGCCCAAUUCAGCAAGCAGCGUGAACAAGCAUUUUUGUGUAACAAGCAGGCCUCAAGCAUAUUAUUUUAGCAAGCAAGCUUUGAGACAAAUAAUUCACAAUAUCUCAGCCUUCCACACUUACGCCGUGUGUUAAGGACCACCGUCUUUCACACACACUCAAACGGUAUGCUGAGAGCUAUCGUCUCUCACACUAGCAAAAGUCUUUAAGUGUGAACAAACUGAUAAUUUUUAUCUUCUUCUCCCUGUCAAGGUGAUAGCUUGGCCAAAUUCAGGCAGGUUUUUGUAUUGUGACAACAUAUACAAGACAUAGCACUUUCUCCCUUAUGAAGUCUGUCUUCAAAGAUUUUGGAAGAUAAACUUUUUUUUUUUCUUUUUAAAAGAAAAAGUAGUAAUCUAUAUAUAUGAAACCUUUUUUUAGCCUCAUUUUUGGAACCAUUUUGGCUGAAAUUUUCUGUGGAGGGAAAAAAAAAUCAAUCCAAAGCAGACAAUUCAGAAGAAAAGCUUUACCUUUGCAGGUUGAAAUGUGUCAAAGUUUUAAAUAGCCCAACAUAGGCUUUCAUUGUGAGAAGUUUUGGUAGCUGCAAAUACAUACAUACAGCAGGACAAUACAGAUUCCAGAGGGAGGAUGUCAAUACUUUCAUUAACUCUAAACGCUCUGUGUUUUAAUGCCUACAUACCACGACAGAGGCCAGGUUGGUACCUGAGCACCUCGCCAUCCUGGUGAAGUGACCUCAUAUUGGGGCUUUUUUUCCCAGAGUGGUGGUAGGAGGUUGGCAUUGCCAGUAGGUCAUUGUUGUGUAUCAGAACAGUGCUGGAAGCUCUGCAAGAGGAUCCUGUCUACUGUCUCUGAGGAGACCUUAUAGCAGCGUUCCAGUACCUAAAUGAGACCUACAAGAAAGCUGGAAAGGGACUUUUUGCAAGGGCAUGUAGUGAUAGAACAAGGGCUGAUGGCUUUAAACUGAAAGAGGGUAGAUUUAGUUUAGAUAUAAGGAAGAAAUUCUUCACCCUGAGGGUGGUGAGGCAGAGGAGCAGGCUGUCCGGAGGAGCUGUGGAUGCCCCAUCACUGGGAGUGUUCGGGGCCAGGCUGGACGGGGCUCUGAGCAGCCUGGUCUAGUGUAAGGUGUCGCUGCCCAUGGCAGGGGGUUGGAACUAGAUGAUCUCUAAGGUCUCUUCCAACCCAAACCAUUCUAUCAUUCUAUGAGAAGGGGAAAUAUAUUUCAUCUUUUCAAAAAAAGGAGGAAGCUUAGAAACGAUGACUUUGUGUGCUGCCACUCCAGUGGCUGCCAGGUCAUUCCCACCGGGUGGAAAUGCCCCCGUCUGUGGGUGUGUGCAGAUGGUUUGUGAUCUUCUUUUUCGGUACAGGCUUGCUGCUUGCACUGCUCUUCUGCUACAGGAAGAUGCAAUGGAGUACUUCUAGUGUACAAAAAAAUUUAAAUGAAAAAAUUAAAACUUGCCACUUUAUGAAGAUGAGAUUAAAACCAGCUGUCUUCAGCCUUUUCUUGUCUCGGUGGCAGUUCACACCAAGAGGCCAGUGGUGCCUUAGACUGAAUCUUCUCACUUUCUUCUUGGUUUUCACUCUUGCAGUGAGGAAGUUAAGUUAAUUCUUUGUCACCAUACAGCUGCUGUUUUUAAUACUUGAUCCCAGUAUACUGAAUUAUGUUUAAGUGUCUACUAAAUUACCUCAAAUCCAAAACACUUUAGCACUUGGAAGAAAAUGAAGUGCCCUUUUAUUAUUAUUUGAUGUUGAGAGCUUUGCUGUUUUUCACAGAAACAUCUGAAUUCACCCAGUGACUUAGACAAUAAUCAGUCUUCUGCAGGAGAGACAUUAAGUUGUUCCAGAGAUUUUCCUACUUUCAAAACCACCCUUUUGCAAGUUAGUAAAAAAUACUUCAAUUUCAUGUCAUGAGUUGUAUUUCUAAGUGGACAUUGCUGGGCCAAACUAGCCAGAGAAUUAUUACAGCAGGGUGCUCUCCUUGAGUUUUGGGUUUGGAGGACUGGGUUGAGAGGGGAGGAGCAUCUGCCAUUGGGAUGCUCUUCAUCAGUGUAGUUCGACCCAAAUCACAAGGUUCCUGUUGCCAGACAAGGUUUUGUGCUGGUGGGGAUCCAUAGGUACUGCUAUAGCAGCUGGCAGUAGGAAAUAUUGCUGGGUGGGGUACACAUGUUCUUGUCUCGAGAGUUUGUGUUUCACCCUGGCAGCCCUUCCUGAAAUGAAGGAGGACUGUGACUAAUGUUAGGUUUGCUUCUUAAGGGGCCAGGCAACACCUAUGACUUGUGAAUUCAAUAGUAAUUGUGGAAUUCAAUUUCUCUGCCCAUUUCCCAGCCUCAGGGAGAUGAUGGGGAGGGAAUGAGAAUAAAUCAGGGAGCAUUCUUGUGUGUAUUUUGUUUAGAUAUUGGACACUUGAAAGAAUGGAUGCAAAUCAAUCCAUGCAUUUCAUCGAGUCAUAAAAUGCCUUUUAAUAUAUGUUGUUCUCUAACCUGUACUUCUACAAAUCUCUUAAGUUACUUGCGUUGUUUGCAAUAACCUUUCAAAAUGCUUGUUAUUGCUUUAGGUUUUUCAUUUCAGUUAGGGCGUUCUUUAUACCUUAUUUUGGUUUCUCACCAUCCUCCCUGUUCAGUUGGUACAGGCAAUGUGUAUCAGUAACGGUUUUCCAAAGUGAGUAGUGACUAGCUGUUGGAUCUGGCCGUAUUUGGUUAUCUUCUGUAAAUCAAAUGCAUGCCUCCUAUGUAAAAUACUUUUUUUUUUAAAUGUUUUUGUUAACAUAAAUCAUUCUUUUCUUCCUCUUUGCUCUUUAAGACAAACUCAUCCUUUCACUUACAUCAACUUUCAGCGCUCUCAGACUUUUCUCUGUAGUCUUUGUCAAGUCUUUAUUUCACCAUGGCUCCAGUUCUGGCUUUUGCAGCUCUCUGUUGCUGAGUUUUUUCUUUGUCCAGUCUCCCAUCUACAUGUUUUGGUUGUGUUGCAGCGCUCUGAACGCGUGGUUUUGGAGCGGUUGGCGGCACGGCGUGCACCACUUCCUGCCUCACUGCAGCCUUAGCCUGGUCACCAUCUGCAGCAGCGGGCUUGUACGUGGGACGUGCCAUCGCAGCUGUCCUGUGCUUCUGAGAAUGCACUUGAGUUUGCAGUUCCUGGUUCGCAAGAUGCCUUGCAGAUAAGGUUGAGACUCUCCCUGAGCUGCCCUGAAGAGUAAAAAGUGUGUGGAUGGCUGUAACUGAAGUACAAGAUGGCAAGAACCAGCCACAGCAACUAUGUCCUUCAGCAGCUAAACAACCAAAGAGAGUGGGGCUUUCUGUGCGACUGCUGUAUCGCUAUCGAUGAUAUUUAUUUCCAAGCACAUAAAGCAGUUCUUGCUGCUUGCAGCUCUUAUUUUAGGAUGUUUUUUAUGAACCAUCAACACACUACAGCCCAGCUGAAUCUAAGCAACAUGAAGAUAAGCGCUGAAUGCUUUGAUCUUAUUUUACAGUUCAUGUAUUUAGGAAAAAUUAUGACAGCCCCUGCCAAUUUUGAGCAAUUUAAAGUGGCCAUGAACUAUUUACAGCUAUACAAUGUACCUGAAUGUCUAGAAGAUAUACAGGAUACAGACUCAUCUAGUUUAAAAUGUUCAUCUUCUGCUUCUAGCACCCAGAAUAGUAAAAUGAUAUUUGGCGUGAGAAUGUAUGAAGACACACUUGCUAGAAAUGGCAGUGAAGCAAACAGGUGGGGCAUGGAGCCGCCAAGUUCAACAGUAAAUACAUCCCAUAACAAAGAGCCUGACGAAGAAGCUUUGCAGCUGAACAGCUUCCCCGAACAACUGUUUGAUGUCUGCAAAAAAACCACCACGUCCAAAUUCUCUCACACAAAAGAGCGCGUGUCCCACUCGCGCCGCUUUGGAAGAAGCUUCACCUGCGACAGCUGUGGGUUUAGUUUUAGCUGUGAAAAGCUACUGGAUGAGCACGUGUUAACGUGCACUAACAGGCAUUCUUACCAAAGUGCCAGGUACUACAGCGCUGAAAAAAUAGACUUUAAUGAAAAGGACUCUAUUUCUAAAAUAAUCUCCACGCAAACUGAAAAGUACAAGGGGGACUCGAGCCAAACUGCGGAUGGUUCUUCCUCUCCCGCAUCAAACGUCACAAGCAGAAAAAGCAGCACGGUUGCCUCCGAGACAUCAGGUGAAGAAGGAAGUAGAGCCUCUGAGAGGAAGAGGAUUAUCAUCAAGAUGGAACCAGAGGACAAUCCUGCAGAUGAGCUGAAGGAUUUUAAUAUUAUUAAGGUGACAGAUAAAGACUGCAAUGAGUCUUCCGACAACGACGACCUAGAUGAUGAACAGGAAGAGCCGCUUUACAGGUACUAUGUUGAAGAAGAGAUCAGAGAGAAGAGAAAUGGUCGGAAGGCUUUAAAACCCCGUUUAUCCAUGGAUGAGGAUGAAAGAAAAUGUUUGAAAAGUCCGCGGCACCUUAACAGGAAGGCUCCUUCGGUGCAGGAAGAUGUGGAGAAUGCUCCCUGUGAACUUUGUGGGCUAACAAUCACCGAGGAAGAUUUGUCUUCUCAUUAUUUAUCCAAACACAUAGAAAAUAUAUGUGCUUGUGGCAAGUGUGGUCAAAUACUGGUCAAAGGCAAGCAGUUACAGGAUCAUGCGCAGACCUGUGGAGAGCCCCAGGAUCUGACCAUGAAUGGUAUCAGAAAUGCUGAGGAGAAAAUGGACUUAGAAGAGAACCCGGAGGAGCAGUCAGAAAUAAGGGACAUGAUGUUUGCAGAGAUGCUGGAGGACUUCAGGGACAGUCAUUUCCAAAUGAACAGCCUUCAAAAAAAACAAUUAUACAAGCAUUCUGCCUGUCCUUUCCGAUGCCCUAAUUGCGGUCAGCGUUUUGAAACUGAAAACCUAGUGGUUGAACAUAUGUCAAACUGCCUGGAGCAAGAUCUGUUCAAGAACUCCAUGAUGGAAGAGAACGAGAGGGAUCACAGACGUAAGCAUUUCUGCAAUCUUUGUGGGAAAGGAUUUUAUCAGCGUUGCCACUUGCGGGAACACUAUACUGUUCAUACCAAGGAAAAACAGUUUGUUUGUCAGACAUGUGGGAAGCAGUUCUUAAGAGAGCGCCAGUUGCGGCUCCACAAUGAUAUGCACAAAGGCAUGGCCAGCAUCUUCCAAGAUGACUGCAGUGCAACACUCCCUGAAAAAAGGCUGGCUGACAGAGAAGAAAAACUGUAUAUGCUGUCCAAGUGGGAACCACAUGAGUAUGUCACUUUGGAUGAUGUCAAAUAUGCUGCUUUGCUUUUGAAUCAAGCAAAUAAGUCACAUCUCAUGCUAUCGUUUGCAGCGGUUAUGAGGAAUGAGAAACUGGAUGAGUUCCUCAUGGCCCUACUCCUCUACCUAUCUUUCUACCUGGGAAAAAUUGCCAUGGAAAAGAAAUGCAGAUCCUUGACUUCGACUAUGGUAAUAGGAGGGAACAAAGAAAUGAAGGAUGUGUUGACGCAGUUGGCGGUGUCCAGGAUUCACCUUGCUGAGGUGUACUGUAACUUUGUCCUCGGACGAGGCAUGGCACAGCAUCAGCACACGCCUGGUGGAAAGAGAAAAACAUCAUGGAAGAAAGACCGGAGCUUCUUUGAGGGCUUCUACAACUUCUCCAGCUAUGUGGCUUGGCUUGUGUUCAAACGGAAGCACUUCCAACUGAUUCGGGAAGAAAUCGGCAGGCUUCUUUUCUCUGACAUGUUCAAUCCCGCUUUAAAAGACCGGGACGAUGUUGACUCGCAGAAAGCAGGAGAUCGGACCACUGCUGAAAAUACAGAGCAAUUGCCAUCUCCGAGAAAAGUCCGUGCCAAGCACCAUUCCAUAAGCACCAUGAUUAACGAGCGCUCACCGAUGCUCCGCACAGUGCUGCCCUUGCCGAAGGAUGGUGCUCAACACCUCUUCCAGAAACACGACUCUCAGGACAAAGACCCUCAACCUGGCACAUAUGAUGGCCCAUCAGACUUCUGCGAAUUGUUCAAUACCAAGGUGGGCAUCAUUGGAGCUCAUGGUAGUGAGUUAAAAUCAUUAAUGAGCAAGCCUGUUGGGAUGACGGAGGAGGAUGAGGAAGAGGAAGAGAAAGAACAAGAACAAGAAAGAAAAGACAGUGACUUCUCCAACCUGACAGGUGGCCUGAGUUUGCUGUCUCUGAGAAAUCCCCGAAACAGGCUUCACAGCCGGAGCACUGUGGUGUCCAGACUGAUGGCAGAAGCUGACUGUAAUCAGAGCAACUAGGAGAAGUGGUAUCUGUGUUGAGUGGCGUAGUUUCACAUUGCUAAGUAAAUCACUUUGAAAUUGCAGCCUAAGAAGCCUAACUCAUUUGUCCAAGUGGGGUAUUUAGCACACAAGUGCCUCAACUGGGUGACUGGAGACCUGGGCUGUAAUUCCUGUUUCUGUCACUAACAAUUCCCCCUUCAUCUUGAUGCCUUUGUUGCACCAUUUCUGAGAAGAUUAUUUUACUGACUUAUUUUGGGAAGUGCUUUGACACCUGAAGAUGAAUAUGAUAAUUGAUUUUAAUGUCAAACCUCUUUUUCCAAAGGAUUAGCAAAGCAACAAUGAGCCAUGACUUACUCCAGUCUGAAAGUUGCAGAAAUUUUGCUUUUGAAGGAAGUUAUUCUGGAAUCUUUAAUAUAUUGUGUUUACUUUUUUGUUUGUUUUUUAAUUUCCAUCAGGUCUUAUUUCAUUCUUGGAUAUAGCUACUCUAAAUUGUGACUCAUUGUGAAAUAAGUAGAGCAAAGAGAAAUGCUAUUAUUUAAAAUAUCUAUCAGUUCUUAAUUUCAUUUUGUCUUUUUAUAUAUAUUCAUUUUUAUCAUUUCUUUAACAUGAUUGGGAAAGUAGUUCUUAGAUGUGCAAACUUAAAAUAUUGGGAUGUCAGUAUCUUGAAACAAAAUUAACUCAUGGUAAAGAAGUGGUAUCAUUUUACCUAUAGGACUAUCUGUACAUGCUAAUCAUUAGCAUUGGGAGGAAUAUUUAGGAUGAAAUCCUGACCAUAUCAGAGUCAAUAAGAAUGAAUGAAAAAGUAAUGGAUGAUUAAAGAGUGGAAGAAAAUCAAAGCAUUAAUAUUUUCAUCCUUGCUAAGAGAAGAAAUCCCACAUAUUAGUGCUAGUUUGGAAGGUUUUCAGCAAAAUAUCUCUAUGCUGGAUAAAAAUAAUACAAUUUUUCCUUGAAA